CCAUCUUUCCGUCUCUGCCCUAUUCUAUCGGUCUCUGUCCCUGUUUUCCGUUUCUCUCUGUCUGGAGGACCCCAACCGCCCUCGAGCGGGCUCAAACGCUUCGUCUAACAAUUAACUCGAUCUUUCAAUCCCCAUGUCUGCAGAAGACACACUCGGCGGUUUCGUAGAUGAGACCACAAGCCAACGGCAGCUCGCGCCGGUCGCAGUGGCCUCCCAGGUCGCGUUGAUGAGUGGCAUCUCGUUGGCGACGAUCGUCAUAUUCAACGUACUGCGCCCCAGAAACAAGAUCGUUUACGAGCCGAAGGUCAAGUACCACGUCGGCAACAAGGUUCCCCCACGCGCAUCAGACAGCUUCCUGGGAUGGGUGUCGCCACUGCUGCAUACAAAGGAGCCGGAACUAGUGGACAAAAUUGGUCUCGACGCGGCGAUCUACCUCCGCUUCGUCCGGAUGUGCCGCUGGCUGUUCACCGCGAUCGCCGUUCUCACCUGCGCCGUUCUCAUCCCCGUGAACGUGGUCUACAACCUCCGCACAGUGCCGAGCAAGAGUCGCGAUGCGCUGUCGAUGCUCACCAUCGGCGAGCUCAAGCACGAGUGGGUGAUCCCGCACGUAGUGGUCACGUACCUCAUCACGUUCCUCGUCAUCGGGUUCGUUUACGUGCACUGGCGCGAGGUCGUGCGGCUUCGGCGGGAGUGGUUCCGAUCGCCCGAGUACCUGCAGUCGUUCUAUGCGCGCACGCUCAUGGUCACGGACGUGCCGAAGAAGCUGCAGUCGGACGAGGGCCUUCGGGCGAUCUUCGAGUCUGUGCAGGUCCCGUACCCGACUACGUCGGUUCAUAUUGGCCGGAAGGUCGGUCGUCUGCCGGAGCUGGUCGAGUAUCACAACGACGCGGUGCGGGAGCUGGAGCAGGUGCUGGUGAAGUACUUGAAGGGCGGCAAGAUUGGCAAGAAGCGGCCCACGAUCACCGUCGGUUCGACCGUGGGCUGCGGCGGGGAGAAGAAGGAUGCCAUCGACCAUUACACGAACAAGCUGCAGCGGGCAGACCGCGCAGUGGAAGAGUUCCGGAAGCAGAUCGACCUGCGCAAGCCGGAGAACUACGGCUUCGCGUCCAUGGCUGCUGUCGCAUACGCACACAUUGUCGCGAAUAUGCUCCGCGGCAAGCAUCCGAAGGGCGUGACGAUUACCCUCGCCCCCAACCCAAAGGAUAUAGUUUGGAAAAACCUGGGCAGGAGUAAGGCCGAGAUCCGUCGCGCACAGACGAUCGGCUGGCUGUGGCUAAUCGCCAUCUGCACGUUCAACACGAUCCCACUGCUGAUCAUCUCAGUCCUCGCCAACUUGUCGUCACUCACCGCGUUCGUACCCUUCCUCGAGUCGUGGUCCGAGGAGUCGCCGCACUCGUUCACAUUCGUGUCCGGUGUGCUCCCGCCCGCCGUGUCUGCGCUCUUUGGAUGGGCACUGCCGAUCAUCAUGCGCAAGCUCACCAAGUUCAUGGGCGCGUACACGCAUUCGCGGAUGGACCGUGCCGUCGUGGCGCGCUAUUUCGCGUUCUUGAUCAUCUCGCAGCUCGUCAUCUUCACGCUAAUCGGCGUACUCUUCAAUGCGGCUACGAUCGUCAUUCAGUCGAUCGGCAAACAUCUCAGCUUUGUGGAGAUCAUGAACAGGCUGAAAGACAUUCCCGAGAACAUCAACAGCACAUACAUCAACCAAUCAUCGUAUUGGCUCACUUACUUCCCGCUGCGUGGUUUCUUGGUCUUGUUCGAUCUCGCUCAGCUGCUCAAUCUCGCCGUGGUCUUCUUCAAAACUCACUUCUUGGGCCGGACACCUCGUGAGAUUCGUGAAUGGACUCAGCCCCCAGAUUUCCAAUUUGCAAUAUACUACUCCAACUUGCUUUUCAUGGGUACCGUCGGAUUGUUCUUCGCACCGCUUGCACCGCUCGUGGCUGUUGCUGCUGCGAUCGUUUUCUGGAUCAGCUCCUGGGUGUACAAGUACCAGCUGAUGUUCGUCUUCGUCUCGAAGACGGAGAGUGGAGGGCGUAUGUGGAACGUCGUCAUCAACCGUCUGCUCUUCUCAGUCAUCCUCAUGCAGUGCAUCGUGAUUCUCACCAUCGGUCUGAAGUCCUCGUUCAAGUCGUUCUACUGGAUCGCGACUAUCCCUCCGAUCCUGUUCAUCCUCGCGUUCAAGUACUACAUUCACCGUGUCUUUCAGCCACAUUUCCGUUACUACAUGCCUUCCGAGUCGGAAUUGCGCGAGGCGCAGGUACACUCGCGGCGCAACGACGCGACCAACAACCGGCUCGAGAAGCGGUUCGGCCACCCAGCGCUCCACUCAGAGCUGUUCACGCCGAUGGUGCACGCAAAUAUGACACACUUGCUCCCGCAGGUGUACUCGGGCAAGGUUAGCAACGUACAAACGAAGGUGGAGGACAUGGGUGGUCAGAAGAUGGAUGCGACGAUGGUCGCUGGCGGUAUCAAGAUCGCCGGUAUCGAAGAGCGCGAUUUGGAGUACGAUCCCGCCUUGUACCAGCGCGACCGAGGAGACGACUGGGACACGCGGUCAAUUUCGUCGUCGAACUUGCUCUCAGAGUCGAAAGGAAUGUAUCCUGAUGCCGGGCGCGCCUCGCCUGCUCCGUCGAAGAUGGCGAAUUUCGACCGCUAUCUAGCGUAUGGUGCCCAACCGGAGAUCGAGAUGAACCGGCUGGACAUUCCGGAUAAUCAGCCAUUGCUGAACCAGCCUGCAAGCCCCGGAUACUUCGAUGCAAGUCUGGGCGCGAGCAGGAGUAACGUCAAUCUCGACUACGUCAUUACACCCCCCGAUGGCAGCCAGACUCCCCUCCUCCCCGCCGCGUACCCUAGCGAGGAAUACAGAGAGGCCCCUCUCCAUCGCCCUUACCCGUCUCAGGGAUACUCUAGCCAGUAUUCCCCGCCACAACAGUACACGCCCACCCAGCAAUACCCGCCUCAGCAGUACCAGCGACCACAACGAUAUCCAUCUCCUGCACCUUCUCAAAUCUUCUACCCCAGCCAAACUGGCGUGACUCCCCAACGAGCAUCCCCUGAAUCUGUCAUGAGCCAUCCACCAGUGCCGCCACCAGGACUCGAUGACGGCGAAAUGAACAUGGCCGGACGGGGUGCACAUAGAUCAUAAAGGACUGCCACCGCAGAGGACGGGAGCAGAACCAACGACGUUGUAGGCUUUAGGCGGGACGUGUCGAAUGUGCAUCUAUCAUAUAUGACGGGCUAGUUGUUUAUCUUUUGCUUUAUAUGUCACUAUCACCCACGUACAUUGUUGCAGUAUAGUUUUUGACCCGGACCUACAUUUCACUUUCACUUGCUCUCUUCCGGCGUCGUGUUCAAUCACCGCGGUUUGACAUGUUACUUGGACUUUUGAUCAGACCAGGUGCAGAGCUGCCACACAUGUUGGGGUGGAGGCAUGGGUACAUAGGCCAUGGACUUGCGAUUCGGACAUUCGCUCUACGUCUUAGGAGGUCUAGCUAUCGCGUUCCAACGCACCAACAUCAUGAGUCGUUGAUGGCAAACGACAGAGAGCGGACAAAAGCUGGCGGAGAUCCGCGCUACAGGCUUUCUCAGAUAAUGUACAAUUGUUCUCUAACAGUCCGCAUCAGGACCCCGUUCAACGCGCAGAGCAGGGGAUGGACAGCGCAACGACGAUUUGAUAGAUUGAGCGAAGUGGGGCGUCUGGACCGCGACCAAUUCCCGAAUGGAGGGCGCGAAGGUGAUACCGCUUUCCCACUGAGGGCUUUUCAAGGCGACGACGACGAUGAUGGUGGUAGGAUAUAUGGCCUGUGCAUCAUAAUUAGCUGUCAAUGUCAUCUUAAGC